ACUUUUAAUAUUUUAAUUUUCACCCAAACGUCACUUUUGUGAUUAAAUAAAAUACUUCAGAAAGUAAUAUUAAUUGGAAUAGCAAUAGAAAUCAGAGACGGAUCUCUACCGAUUGUUGUUUUUGGUUUUGGUAUUUUUGCAGUAGUAAAUAGCAGUCAUCAGGUUUUGUGGUGUUCAAAAACGGCUUUACUAUUUGUAGUAUUCGAAAGAAAUGAAAGGAGGUUUGUGUUUUACCCGUUGCUCGUUAGAGAGGAUUUGAAGCGGCGUUGACGCUGCCGAGGUCCUGUCAAUGGACACAUAUUCAUCUGGAGAAGAACUCGUUAUUAAGACUAGGAAACCUUAUACUAUUACUAAACAACGGGAAAGAUGGACUGAGGAGGAGCAUAAUAGGUUCCUAGAGGCCUUGAAGCUCUAUGGACGAGCUUGGCAACGCAUUGAAGAACACAUAGGAACAAAGACUGCUGUGCAGAUCAGGAGUCAUGCUCAAAAGUUCUUUUCAAAGCUGGAGAAGGAGGCACUUGCUAAAGGUGUACCAAUAAGUCAAGCUCUUGACAUACAAAUUCCACCUCCACGCCCUAAAAGAAAACCAAGCAAUCCUUAUCCUCGAAAAACGGGUGUUGCUAACACAAUACAGAAGGGAGCUAAGGAUGGAAAAUCCGAAAUGGAGAUAUUUUCUUUGCGUUGCAAGCAAGUGUUGGACCUGGAGAAAGAACCACUUCCAGAGAGACUUAAUGGAGAUGAAAAGGCUUCAAAUCUGAAAGAAAACCAAGACGAGAGUUGCCCUGAGGUCUUCACCUGUCCCCAUGAAGCAAACUGCUCCUCUGUGUCUUCCAUGAAUAAGAAUUUUAUACCAACAUCAGCAGCACACAUAAACUCUUGCACGAUUAGGGAGUUCAUACCUUCGCUAAAAGAGGUAAUAAGUUAUUAUAAACAUGAAUUAUGUAUCAUUCUUGAACUUAUAGAAAUUUAUGAAUCUUAUAAACUUAAUGUUCAACAGACUAUUCAUGAUAAUGGUACAAGUAAGACUUCAAACUUGGAGAAUUCAUGCACUUCAUAUCAGAGACCAUCUCAAGGCCAGAGAAAAGAUGGUUUGGAUGGUGUACUAUGUUCAAAUAAGAUGCAAGCGAGUCAAAAUUAUCCUCGACAUGUUGCUGUCCAUGUACUAGAUGGAAGCUUGAAAACAUGUGCUCAAAAUCCUACCCUGGAUAUUUCAUUUCAGGAUUCUGUAUUUAACCCUAUGGGUGAUGUUCGUGGACCUAACCUGUUUACAAAUCCAGCUGCAUCUGCAACUACCGAACAGCAGAAUAAUGCCCCAAGAACUAUUCAUCAGGAUUCACCACCUUUUCAUACUCCCUUCAUGCAUCUUCGCCCCAAUCAAGAGGACUAUCGAUCAUUUCUACAUGUCUCCUCCAGUUUUUCCAGUCUCAUUGUAUCUACUUUGUUACAGAAUCCUGCUGCUCAUGCUGCUGCAAGCUUUGCGGCUACAUUUUGGCCUUAUGCAAAUGUUGAAAGUUCUUGCGAUUCUCCUGCAAAUGGCCUAGACAGUUUCCCUUCUAGACAAAUGAACUCUGCUCCAAGUAUGGCUGCAAUUGCUGCUGCAACUGUAGCAGCUGCCACUGCAUGGUGGGCUGCCCAUGGACUGCUUCCUGUAUGUGCUCCUCUUCACCCAGGCUUUACUUGUGCUCCUGCAUCCACACCUGCAGUUCCACCAAUGAAGAAUGGUCAAGCUCCUACUGCAAAGACAGAACAAAAUGAUAAAACUGAUCAAGCUCUUUCCAUUCAGGACGAACAACUAGACCCCAAAUACUCCGAAGCUUUGCAAGGUCAACAUUCACCAUCUAAAUCACCUACUUCAUCAUCAUCUGACUGUGAAGAGAGAGGAGAUGCAAAAGUGAAUACUGGAGUUAAAGCUACCGAUGCUGAGAAGGCUGCCAAAGUAACUGAACCUCAGGAUGCAAAUAAAACGAAUAACAAAAAACAAGUUGACCGCUCCUCAUGUGGCUCCAACACAGCUUCAAGUAGUGAGGUAGAGACAGAUGUGUUACAGAAACAUGAAAAAAACAAAGAAGAAUCAAAAGGAGCUGACGCAAAUCAUCCACAAGUUGAAUGUAACCGUCGGAGUAGAAGCAGUAGCAACCCGAGUGAUUCUUGGAAGGGGGUCUCUGAGGAGGGGCGACAGGCUUUUCAAGCUCUCUUCUCCAGAGAGGUACUGCCACAAAGCUUUUCUCCUCCACACAAGGGCAAGAACAAGGGGCAGCAAAAGGAAAAUGUAGGUGAAGACAAGCAAAAUCCAGUUGAGAAAGAUGGAGAAACAUCAACUUUAGACCCCAACAGCAAGACAUUAGGUUCUUGUUCUGAUCAUCAAGAAGUUGAGAAAAAUGCAUUAUCAAGAGACGAGAAAAACACUGCAGAAGAGGGCCUGCUGACGAUUGGACUAGGACAUUCAAAACUUAAGGCCAGCCGAACCGGAUUUAAACCUUACAAAAGGUGUUCCGUGGAAGCCAAGGAAAACAGACUGAUGAACACCGGAAGUCAAGGUGAAGAGAAAGGUCCCAAGAGGGUACGCUUUGAAGGGGAAGCUUCAACUUGACUUUAAGAUCAAUAUCGCAUGCAAUAAACAAAUGCAAUGUUUGUUUGUUGCAUGUAGUCUCUUAAUGCUUUCCCCCAUAUCUUAUUUUUCCCUUUCAUAUGUUGAUUCUAAAGACUUGCAUUGCAUCGCGGCUCACAAGACUUUUAGUAAUGUUGUGUACCAUCUAAUAUUCUACAUUGACUGAUUCGCUUUCCCGGACUAUCAUGUACGCCAGUGCUGUUAAGAACUCCUCUGAGAUAGACGCAUUAAGUACAGAAUCCGAAUGGCCUGUAAUUUUGGCCUCUCUUUUCAAAAUA